AUGUCGGGGCGACCCGCCGCCAUUGAGCUCACCACAGCCACUCCUGCGUCCGACGGCAUCGAAGACAUCACACCCAGGUUUCCGACCAGCGCGGCAGAAACGGACACAGUGCAAAAGUCAAUUUGGCGGACUUGCCAGAAAUCUUAUUCAAACAAAGUGGGUGGACGCUCGGACGACAGGACUGGGGCAACACAUGAAAUGGUGAAGGCCCUCUAUGUGUACCUCGUGCGCCAUGCAGAGUCAAAGAACAAUAGCCGUGACUUGCAUGACUCACGUGCAUCGACAUCAAUGGCUCUGCCAUCGCCGAAAGAACCGAGCAGUCCCAAAGAACCACGGUUGAGUCCUUUGAAAGAAGCAUUCCAGUGCAGUGCCGCGCCGCGCGGCAAAGACUAUGUGGAUGUUGAAGGUAAAGAGCGAGUUGCCAUCACGAGCAAAAACGCGCAGCGCACGCAGCGCACGCACACGGCUGAGGAGGAACUCGAAGAACUUCAGGGAGAAUGGGAAUUGCAGAGUGUACGCUCUAAGAAUCUGAAGCGAAAACAUGGUUUGGACCACUCAAAGGAACCCGAGAACACAGUGCAAGUCUUCGUUCGAGGCAAACGGGUGGAAGAGAAGAGCGACAAGAAACGGAUGUUCUUCAACUUGGUUCUUGCCAAGAAGGCUGCUCAAAGUCGGACUGGAUCAAACGACAAGCAAGUUGCACCGGAUCCAAAGGUGUCGAGGCAUGAAUUGCCACCCCUUGAUGGUCCCAAAACUUUACCUGAAAGCAUCUGCAAGGGCAAAGGCAAGGGAAAGACCAAAAAGGGCAAGGGCUUCAAGAAAGGGCAACGAGUUCAUUCAGUAGGACACUGGAUUUUGCUGCAUCAUACGCCCAAGCUGCUAGUGCGACCGGACUCCAAGUCCUCGUUGCUUUGGUGGCACCCUGGCGAGCACAGUGUGUGGACCCGAGGUGGAGCGAUUGUCGAAACUUGUGUUGUCAGAUACCUUGCGGACAGCCACACAGAGACGCUGGAACGCCACAGCGAUGAUGCUCCAGGGUCGUGGCGCACCAAGAAAGGCCUUCCAGAGCUUCCAUGCCAUCGUGGCCCCUCGGCGUUGCCAAAUGCACACUGUGCAACCUCGAACCCAUUGCUAGUUGAAGGCGUAGAAGAUCUUAGAACCUAUGGCUGGUUCAGCAUGCUGAAUUUGUACGUCACCCUGUGGGUUGACGAACAGACCAGGGCGAUCCAGCGGGCAGAAUGCCAAGGGAAGCCAGCCACCCCGUCGAAGAGACGUCAUGCGACCAAGGGGAGAAAUGACGGGGAACUGUCGAUCACUUCCGAUGUUCUGCUGCCUUCCCCUCGGCCUGGUCGCGAGCCUGAUCCGGGCUUGACAGGGCGUGGCAAAGAGCAAGCAAAGGCAGUGGCGGAACUGCUGCGAAAAAUCCGGGACGAUCCGAAGACGGAGCCAAGGCACCACAGUGGAGCCAAAGCCAUGGUGGAACAUACCAAUGGUUGCGAUACGGGGGCAGAACAAGCCAUGGCUGCGCUCUCGGACAAAGAUGUUAAUGAGUUGCGCGGCCUGGCAGAACGACUUACCAAGGGACACGAGUCCCUAGCGAUGCAUGAAGUCAGCACUGUGUCGCUGAUGUAUCAGAUGACAUCAGAUGUAUUGCCUUGCAGCGAGGAGAUGUUGAAAGACCUGGAGCUAGAAAGAGAAGAGCUAGAGAAGGAGAAGGGGCAGCUGAACGAAACCAUCUCACUCUUCAUGAAAGAUCUCCAGAAGCUGAACAUCGGUGCUCACAAUACUGUGGAGCCAAUGUUGGAGGAAGGGCCCUUGGAUUUUGUGGGACGCUUCUGGGAGACCGUGAAGCCCCGGGACAGCGCCUAUGUCACUGGUGAGCACAUUGGGGAGAUCCGAAAGCCCGGCGAGAAGACCGGUCCGACCAACCCAUUGGCCGCGCUGAAGGAGGCAGCAAUGGCGCACGCACCGCAAGAACUGCCAAACCAGGCUGCGCAAGUUCAGGAAAAGGUGCAGGAGCGAGUGCACGAGGUGCAAGAAAUGGGGAAGCAGGCCGCCAAGAAGCUUUCCAAUGCAUUUGAAGAAGCACGCUCCAGCCCUUUCUGGCAAAAAGCCCAGGGCUACUGGGAAGAGAAGCGGAGUGAGAUCGCCAAGAAAGUUCAUGAGGUACAAGAGAAAGUUCAUGAGGUACAAGCCUCGGCAGCAGAUCUGAUCAUCAGCGUGUUUUCAAUUGAGACCUGGGCUGCGAUUUUGAGACGCUCUUCACUUCAAGAAGACCAUCUAUUGGAAGCGGUGCAGCAGCCAGAUGAAGUCACCUUCAAGCUGCUGGCAGCAACUUGUGAAGAGACAGAGCUUAGUCUUGAAGACGCCCUCGAGGCCUUUGGUCGCCACCUGGUGACCUUCACCAUGCAAUCUGGCUAUGCUGGAUUGCUCAAGUCACUGGGCCCCACCUUUCCGGUCUUCCUCACGAAUGUGAACUAUUUACACAAUCAUUUGGAGCGCCAACAUCCACAUGCCUUGUUUCCCUACAUCGAGACAAAUUAUGAACAUGGCCAGGAUUCGUUGGAGAUGCAUUACCUGUCAACACGACCCAGGCUGAAACAACUCCUUGUGGGAAUUGUUGUUGAGGUGGGUCUUCAGUUGUUUGGACUUGACGUCUCCAUGACGGAACAAUCGAGCCCACGUUAUUCCCAGAGAAACAUUGCAGGCUCUGAACGGGCAGCUUCGUGGGAGAUCUCGUGGAGGCCAACGUCACAGAAAUGUGCAACCCCAAGACCGACAACGCCAAAAGCAUCCUUUCCGGACAUACAUGCAGCCAUGGUAGAUUUCGGGAAACUCUUGUCCAGCUUCGAUGUACUCAGCACAUUUGCCUGCUGUGUCGCUGAAGAUGACCAUGAGUUUACCCCCCUUGACUGCUCUACCCAGCCAGCAGAAUUAACAGAGGCUGAACGCAAAUUUGAAGCUGUGCAGGCUGUGCGAGGUGCAGAUGGUGCAGCUACAUCCAGGCUUGAGGAGGUGCUGUUAAGGGCGACGCCAGCCCACCUGUUGGCCGCUGGAUGGACUGAUGACUCAAUGAAAUCGUGUAUCAACUUCUGGAGUUCUUCUGUAGGCACAGCGUUGAACUAUGCAAUGUCUCAGGAUGCUGAUGCAGUUGACAUAUUUGUGAGUCAUACGUGGCUUCCACCAGCAGACUGGGAAGAGAUGAUGGGUCCUGAUGUAAACUAUGCAGAGAUGAAGGCAGCCACCUUGGCGGUGAUGGCAAAGGACUUUGCACAGGAGCAUGGCUCAUUCCAAGAUUGGCACCAGAUCACCUUUUGGGUCGACAAGGCGUGCAUUGCCCAAGAACAUCCGGAGUUGAAAAAGCUGAGCAUCAACUUGCUGGACAAUUUCAUCCAGAGGUGCGACAGCAUGUGUGUCCUCUUUUGUUGGACAUACUUACAGAGGCUCUGGUGUGUUUAUGAAUGGGCCUGCGUUUUGAUCCACAAACCAACAGAGAAGGUGUACUUGCAAACAGAGUUGUUUGUUAGGGAGGAGACUUUGCCCUUAUACCUGCAAGCAGUUCGCAACUUCUCCUUAGCUAAGACAAAAUGUGGCGUUGAGGCAGAUCGCGAAGUACUGGAAGCCCAAAUCCGCCAGGCUUACAUCUCCAAACAGCAGUUUGAGGUCUUGGUGAAGGCCACAGUCAUUGCGCUGAUGGCUCGGAGUAUGGCUUUCAGAGCCGGUAGAUCACCAAAACUUUACUUCACCUACUUCCAACCUUGGGUCGCUUUGGCCUUCGAACUGGGGAUGGAUGAGCUUGGAUCUGCUCUUGAUAGCUGUGAUUGCUUGACCUGGCGGCGAGCCGACAAGUCAGAGGCUGCCCCAUCGGAUUCCACCACACCCCCGGAGGCCUCAGAAGCUUCUCAGGAGACAGCCGAGUCCAGUACUAAGGAGGCGACCCCAGAGAAGCCGAAGUCUCCUGAGAAGGUGCCCGCGCCAGAGCCGAACGUUGAAUCGGCUCCCCCAAAGGAGGCGGAAGCUGCAAGCGCCGCAAGCACCGCAAGCGCUGCACCCAGUGAGAAGACCUCCAGACAGGAGAUCAGCGUGGUGGUGAAAAUCGGCGACGGUAGCGUGCAGACACUUUGUGUGCGGGCAUCAGAUCGAUGCAAAGAUGCUGCUGAACGCUUCAUCAGCGAGAAUUCCCUAAAGGCAAGGGGAGAAAGAGAUGUCAAGGCACCGGCGAAGAGCUAG